AUGAAGCCCCUUCACCUCUCUGCCAUUACUUUGACCUGCUUAGGUCUUCCCUCCAUCGCGUUUGCUGGUCUAAGCCUGACCUGCAUAAAAGCCGUCAAGGCCAUCAACCAGCUCCCGGGCUCCUUUGUUGAGCAUAUGCAAAGCGAAGCUUGUGGAGCUGGCUGUGAGCCCAAGCUUGACGAUUGGCCCAAGUACAUCAAGGACAUGGUCAUCGGGCCCAUGUUCGAAGACGCUCUCAAGGACACAGGCUACGCCGAGAGCAAGGAAGCGUUUGUUGAGACAUUUGAUAAGGUGUUCCACAACAUCAACGAUCAGUGUUCAGACAAACUCGAGGGAAACCAUUUUUGUGCUCAUCCUGAAAAACUGAAGCCGUUCAUGCGUUGUGCCCAGAAGACGGCUUUAUCGAGCGCACUCUCGGCUUCGAAAUCCGUUUAUCCCUACUUCUCGGACAGUGCGUGCAAGCGUGCGGCUGGCUACUUCACCAGCUCCAAGCUCUGGGAUGUGGACUUUCCCAAACAUUUCAAGAAAUAUGUUCAUCAGUGCCACGAGCUCUAG